AGCACAGAUGUGUCGAGUCGGCAAAAAUCCGAGCCAAAUACCCUGACCGUGUCCCGGUCAUAGUGGAGAAGGUCUCGGGAUCUCAGAUUGUUGAUAUUGACAAGAGGAAGUACUUAGUUCCAUCUGACAUCACCGUGGCCCAGUUCAUGUGGAUCAUCAGGAAGAGGAUUCAGCUGCCAUCUGAGAAAGCAAUAUUCCUCUUUGUAGACAAGACUGUCCCACAAUCCAGCUUAACUAUGGGACAACUUUAUGAGAAGGAGAAGGAUGAGGAUGGAUUCUUGUACGUGGCCUACAGUGGAGAGAAUACAUUUGGUUUCUGAAUGGUGGUUCUUGGCUACUAUACCAUCCUGCUGUGUAUCUUGUAAAUAGCUGAUCAUGUUCUGUUCUGACAUCCAUGGAAGUUCCUUCUAUAUACAUGCAUUUGUAACUGGAUUUAUUUCUUAAUAUAUUGAUAGGUCUUGUUUUAUUAGACUGUUAAAUUAUAAAAAAAAAAAAGUUUUGUUGGUUUGUGCAAUUUUUUUUUUCUCAUGGCUAUGAAUUCCCUGAGCCUCACUCCUUUGGGGGAUACAUUGAUGACAUUAAUUAAAUUAUAAAGCAAAGUAGUUGAGCUACUAAAACAUGAAAAGAAGAAUACUCAUUUAUUCUGUUUUGAGGUGUUAGUUUAAGAAAAAUAAAAACAUUAAAUCAGUAUUGGGAACGCUGGAUUUGCUGGCUUAUCCUAAACAGGAACAAGCUGCUAAUCAUGUUGACUUGAGCUACUGUGUUCCUCUUUCUCAAAUAACAAACAAGUACAAUAAAAAUUCCUGUC